AUGCUCCCGCCAAAAACAAAGUUCGUGCGCGAGAUCGAGCGCGGACGCCACGACAAGACCGCCCGUCCGUUCCCCGCGCCCUUCCGGACCCGACACGGACCCCCGCCCGCGCCGAGGCCCCACUGCACCUUCGGCGCGCCCCCACCCCCGGACACGACCUACUUCGCCCGCGUUCUCCGCCGCUGUCGACACGACGACAACGACGACGACUCUGACCCCUACGCGCCGACGCUGCCCAUCUACGAAAAGGAGUCCGACACCGCGAGCAUCUUCACGGUGCGCCACGGGGGCGUCUAUACGGAGCGCCGGGGUUCCCGGGGCUACGCCGGCUCCGGGAGGUGGAGCCUGAGCAGUUACGGGUCCUUCGACGUCGCCAGGUACCGUCGGGACCUUGCGGCCGCGACGGCGAGGCGGCGGCGGUGGUUAACGUUCCUCGCGUUCGCGCUCGCGGGGCUGGUCCUCAUCUUCGGGGCGGGCGUCCUGGCGUUUGUCCUCAUGUCGGUCCCGAGAGGGGAAUGA